AUGGCGACAAUCCCCCCAUCUUUCGUGGUGACAGUGAAAAAGAAUAUUCAGCCACAGCACAUCAUUGGAAUUGACACUACCACAAUCUAUACCGAUCGUCUGAGGCUCAGCAGCCUAAACAUCGUCACUGACUACGAAUCGUUUCACAUUGCAGGGGUCUUCCACGAUGCAGGCCCUAACCUGUCAUGCAUGCUUAUAUUUGUGCAUAACUGGGCUUUUCGUGCAUAAGCAAAAGCAUAAGUUGGAGCGCGCAUAUAUAUUUAUAUUCAUGUAUAAACGUGUGCAUAACAGGGGUUACCGUGCAUAGCGGUGAUCAUGCACGAGUGAGAUGGGGUUAAGGGGUGGCUCAGACACUCAGACAGCUCAUUUGUGACCAAAGCAGAGCUUUUUUAUCCCCUUCAAACCCUCUUGGUCUUUUACCUCUCUUUAGUUUCAAGUUCACAGAUCAGACAACAAAUUG